UCCCUCUUUACACCAAUAUGUCUCCCUUCUUCUUCUUCAUCUCCCUUUUACCCUUUCUUCCUUCUUCCUCUUCUCUUCACUAUCCUUUCAAUUAUUCUUUACAUAUAGAUUGCGGAAGUCUUUCAAAUUCAACUGACGUCUUCAAUACGUCAUGGAUUUCCGACCGUUACUUUACCGGCGGUUCAACCUCCGUUGUAUCUGAGCCUCUCCACUUUCAACACCCACAAGAAAAAACACUCCGUUACUUCCCCGUUUCCUCCGGUAAAAAGAACUGCUACACAAUUCCAAAUUUACCCGCCGGCGGUCGUUACCAGCUCCGUCUAUUCACUGUCUACGAUAACUACGACGGGAAAUCGCAUUCCCCGUCGUUUGACGUCUCUGUCGAGGGCAAUGUCGUCUUUCAAUGGCGGUCCCCUUGGCACGAAUCUAUCUCACGCGCCGGCGCGUACUCCGAUCUGUUUUUUACUAUCGAUGAUGAUGACGUGGCGGAUGUUUGUUUUUACAGUAUUGCCACUGACUCGCCCGUGAUUGCUUCACUUGAAAUCACGCAAAUUGAUCCGGCUUCUUAUUUAGUCAAUGAUAGUUCAAUUUUGGUCAAUUAUGGUAGAUUUUCUAGCGGGUCGGAUCAAUGGGGACCCGGUUUUAGUAACGAUACGGAUCGGUUCGGCCGGUCAUGGCAAUCGGACUCCGAUUUUAGGUCUAAGGUUGCGGGAGUAACCACUGGAGCACAUAUUAAGGCUAUUUCUGCAAUGAAAAAUGUGGUUAAUGUAGAUAAAGCACCAAAUUAUUUUCCUUUAAAGUUGUAUCAAACUGCAGUUACCGUAAUUGGUGAAGGAGGUGAAUAUUUGGAGUAUAAUUUACCCGUGGACGCGAAAUUGGAUUACUUGUUGUGGUUUCAUUUUGCUGAGAUUGAUGUAAGUGUGAAUAGAGCUGGGAAAAGGGUGUUUGAGGUGGUGGUGAAUGGUGAGAAUGUGAGUAGAGUGGAUAUUUAUGAGAAAGUUGGGAGCUUUGCUGCUUAUGAUUGGAGUUAUGUUGUUAAGAAUUUGAGUGAUACUGAGUUGAAUGUGAGGCUUGUGCCGGUUGUGGGCGCUCCCGUGAUUUGUGGACUUGAAAAUUAUGCUAUUAUUCCACCUGAUCUCAGGACUCUUCCUCAACAAGUUAUUGCUAUGAAAGCGUUGAAGGAGUCACUUAGAGUUCCGGAUAGGAUGGGAUGGAAUGGUGACCCUUGUGCUCCUACUACUUGGGAUGCUUGGGAAGGUGUUGCAUGUCAUCCAACUAAGAACGGAUCGCUUGUGAUCUCCCAAAUAGAUCUUGGAAGCCAAGGCUUAAAGGGAUAUAUCAGUGACCAAAUUGGGCUUUUGUCUAAUUUGGUAAGCUUGAACUUGAGUUCUAAUUCUUUGGGAGGUUCUCUACCGUGGGGAUUGGGUCAGAAGUCUCUUGUGAAACUGGACUUGUCAAAUAACAAAUUUACCGGAUCCAUACCUGAUAGUUUAGCUUCUUCCACCUUGCAGUUUGUGUAUUUGAACGGUAAUGAACUAGAAGGCCUAGUGCCGGAGGAACUUCUUUCCAUUGGGGUCCAUGGUGGAGCUAUUGACCUCUCUGGUAAUAAAGGGUUGUGUGGAGGACCUACCUUGCCGGAUUGUCCGCUAUUUUGGAAUAAAGAGGGUCUCUCUACAGCUGGUAAAGCUGCAAUUGGAAUAUCAUGUCUAGUAUUUGUUUGUCUGGUACUGUUCGUGGCAUACAUCUGCUACAAGAGGAGGCAGAAUGAUUAUGACUUUGGUCUUCCGCAUGAACUAAUGUCAUUAGCUGCAAAGAGGAAUAGGUAUCAGCGGCAAAAGUCGCUGAUGACUCUAGAAAUGGAGAGUCAGCAUGCUAAAGGAUUUAUACCAACAUACAAUGCAACAUGACAUAGUUUGUACUUGUGGGAAGAGACUGAAUUUUGAUGGUGUUCGACUUGCCAAAUAGAGACAGAUAGAGAACAUUGAUUGUGUCCAAUACAAGGUGCUGAGGAUAUGGAGUUUAGAGUGGGCACGAGUGAUACGACACAGAGGAGCUUUUGACAUUUUCUCAAAAUGUGUCCCUAGAUGGAUGUCCAGAAAAAUGCAGAUUGUUUUGUAGAGUUCAAUGUAUGCUAAUUUGUUAAUGAAUCCUCCAAACAGAUAGGCAAAUGCCUCCAUUGUAUCAUACCCAAUUUUGGGCAUUUGACAAACGUAUAUGAUUGUGACUCAGCAUUGUAAUGCACAUACAGAUAGAGAACUUUUCUUUGUUUGAUUGAUCCCAUAAUUUACAUUAUUGUGUACUGA